CUCUGACUCUGAACAAACCACUCUACUCAGAAUGAGGGGACUUCUGAUUUUUGCCGCAUUGAUUGUGGUUGCGCUCUGUCGAGAGAGUUUUGAGGGGCACCAAGUCCUUCGCAUCACUGCAAAAGAUGAAACUCAAAUAAGUCUUUUAAAGGAACUCUCUGAAGUCGAGGAGCUUCAGCUGGACUUCUGGACAGAGCCAGCUCAUCCAACUCUUCCAGUGGAUGUUCGUGUUCCUUCCCAGAGCCUUCAGAUGGUCGAGAAUUACCUGGAUUCCAACAACAUUCAUUAUUCAGUAAUGAUUAAGAAUCUUCAGGCUUUCCUGGAUGAGGAGCAGCAGGAGAUGUUUCGUGCUCGUGCAGGCCAGCCCAAGAACACAGAUGCCUAUGAUUACGCCAAUUACCAUACCUUGACUGAGAUAUACAGUUUCAUGGACAUGCUGGUGGCAGAGAACCCUAACCUUGUUAGCAAAAUUGUUAUUGGCAAGAGCUAUGAGGGUCGUCCUCUGAAUGUGCUGAAGUUUAGCACAGGUGGAUCAAAUCGCCCAGGGAUCUGGAUUGAUACUGGAAUACACUCCCGCGAGUGGGUUACUCCGGCCAGUGGGACCUGGUUUGCAAAGAAGAUUGUGACAGGCUAUGGAAGUGACCCCUCUAUGACUGCCAUCCUUGACAAAAUGGACAUCUUCCUAGAGAUCGUCACCAACCCGGAUGGUUACCACUACACUCACACAUCUAAUCGUAUGUGGCGCAAGACCAGAAAACCCAACCCUGGCUCUUCCUGUGUGGGAGUGGACCCCAACAGGAACUGGGACGCAGGUUUUGGAGGUCCUGGUGCGAGUGGGAGUCCGUGCUCUGAGACGUACCGUGGACCAAGGGCUCAUUCGGAGUCGGAGGUGAAAUCGAUUGUGGACUUUGUUACGUCUCACGGAAACCUCAAGGCCUUUGUUUCCAUCCACAGCUAUUCCCAAAUGCUUUUGUACCCUUACGGGUACACCAGAACACCUGUGAAAGACCAACAAGAACUGCAUGACCUGGCAAAGAAGGCCAUCACUGAGCUGGCCUCUCUCUAUGGCACACGCUACAGAUAUGGCAGCAUUAUCAACACCAUCUACCAGGCCAGCGGCGGCACCAUUGACUGGACGUAUAACCAGGGCAUCAAGUACUCAUAUACAUUUGAGCUGAGGGAUACCGGUCGCUAUGGUUUCAUUUUGCCAGCCAGUCAGAUCAUUCCAACCGCCCAGGAGACAUGGCUCGCUCUAAUGGCCAUCAUGGAGCAUACAAACGCUAACACCCUUUAAAGAAAUACACUGACAAAGGGAACUUGUUUCAUCAACAUUAAAUGCAACUGCAAAGUA